AAUCGUUUCCCUCCCGAACUCAGUACCCGACCGGAAUAGAUUCGCCGUGAAAUCCGAAGCCGCCGCGAAUGACGUCGACGUCAGGUCAUCGCAGCGUCAUCCCUCCCGGAAGACUUAGAACACUUACGUCUAUGCUCGAGUCAGACAAUCAGUCUCUUCUCAGAGAUAUGAGGAAUGCUAUGAAUAUGAUGAAGGAAGUCGCGGUAGAUUUGGAGACGGAUAACAAAUCCGAAAUGGUACUCUUACUUGUGAAGGAGCUUGAAAAUGGUCUGAUUCAGUUGUUGGAAACUUCUGAUGAAUGUUUGCAUUUUUCUAGUGCGAUCCAAAGUAUAGGGAAUGUGUAUGAGCCUGGGCCACAGCCAACAGAUUUUAGGAAAUUGUUUGAUGCUGAGAUUGCAAAAUCUAAGGCGACUUCUCCCGCUCAGAAUCAAACAUUCUUAAGGCAAUUUAGGGAAGCUGUUUGGAGUGUUCAUCAUUCUGGACAACCAAUGCCGGGUGAAGAGCAAGAGGAUAUUAUAAUGACCAGUUUGGAGCAUAACCUCCUUAAUGUGACUUGUCCCUUAAUUGGAAAGUCUGUCACGGAGUUGGUUGAUCCUGUUAGAAGCAUGGACUGCAAACACAUAUAUGAGAAGAAAGCUAUUAUGCAACACAUAAAGAAAUCGGGUGGUCGUUGUCCUGUUGCAGGUUGCCCAAAAGUAUUGCAGGCACAGAGAAUUGUGUGUGAUGCAUUUUUGCUGAUGGAAAUUGAAGACUUGCGCCAAAUGGGUAAACAAACUGCUGGGUCCGGGGUGGUAGAGGAUUUCACAAUGCUGCCUGAAGCGGCAGAGGAUGAUGAAGAAUGAAUGAAGAGGUUGUGUGGUAAAAACUAUAUCAUGGCAUUUAAGAGCAUGUUUGGUAACUAAUGCUUACAUUAUAUUUUGAUCAAUGCUAUGCCUAUGUUCUUCAAAUCAUCUUAACUAAAUUGUCUCAAUGACAGAUCUUUAUCUAAUUGUUUUGUUAUUAAUAUAAAAAUUGUAAUGUUAUUUGGUGCAAAGAAUUUGAUGAAA